AGGGUGAUGUGAUUCCAAUUAUUUUUGCUAUGGCUUGACUUCAGAAGUCUAGAGAAUUGUUAUUUUCCUAUAGGAGCAAUGGUUGUUGUGUAUUUUUUUAGAUUGUCUGGUGUGAUUUGGAUAUUUGUAAUGCAAAUGACUAUCAAGUUUAAUUCCUUACUAUUGUAACUCAACUUCGAGGUAAACUUUUCAUAAUUUCUCUACACUUUCAAUUUGGUUAUUUCAACCUUUGUUAUCUAUAAAAACAAAUACCUAGCAACCUGAGAAACUAGGAGAUCUAAUGUGAUUAAAUAUGUAUGUUUAAGAUGACAGACUUAUAUGUUUAUGUUUUAAUUAUAUGUUACAAAUUGAAGAUAGUGUUGAUUUAAGUAAAGAUUCUUCAUUGCUGUCCAGAGUAACAGAAAAUAAAUAUAAAACCCAUGCCACUUUGAAAAAGCAGUACAUUUAUAGCUACAGUAUUAUCUUACCCGCUGGCUUUCCUUUAGUGUUGAUAAUCUGUUGAACACUGUUAUAAGCACUAUUGGUUUCCUUUAAGGAAAGGCUGUUUUUGAAACACAUUGCUGUUUUUAAAUUUGACCAUUUAAUAUAGUAUUUGCUACUGUAACUACUCUCUAAUGGCAAUAAUUACACAAGGAAUCAAAUCUUCAUUUCAUACACAUUUAAAUAAAGGCUUGCAAUAUAAAGGGCAAACGGAUUGUAUGGCAAUGAAUUGUAAAUAACCAUUGAUUUUUUACACUAUCAGGUACUUCGAGGUCUGAAUAACAAUUUGGAAAAGUCAUUCACGUAAUCCGGGAUCAAAUAUAAAGCUCAAAUGGUCAAAUGGGAAUAUUUAGCUUAAUUUAAUGUAGAAAUCCUAAACUCUCUUGUAGGCACAGGUGAUCAGGCUUUUUUGAAAAUAUACUAUUUAUUAAAAUGCAAAAAUAUCAUAUACUGUACCACUAUUUUAUCAGUUCAGGAAAGUUUUAAAUCUCACUGAAAGGGUAGUUUUGGGUGCAAUUCAUUUUCAAGCCUUUGACGACGGCGUCUAGGUUAUAUGAAAAAUGUGUUUCCGAUAUUCAACGUUAUUUUUCCUUGAACACUGGCUAUUACAAAUUCCGCCGUUUCAGCUUUACCGACAAUAAACAAUGAAUACGUUUAAUGAAUCUUUAGAAUUAAUAAUUUGUGUUAUACUCAACAUCUCCCAUCUUCCCUGUAGUUUAAGUCAUUGGAUUGUUUUCUUUAUCAGACAUGACUGCAAUAAAAUUAAGCGCUAGCCUGUGCUCCACAGUAAUUAAACUUGUUGAUCUUCUUCAAGCACAAAUGUCUGUUCAGCUGUCACUUCUGUUAUUACAUAAUAGGAUAGGUUAUUGACCAAAUAAAGAUAAUCACACAACUGAAAAACAUAAAAGUUAAAAUCUUAAAUUAAAAGAUUCAUUUUUCAUAUAUCAUACCCUACAUUGUGGUCUCCCAAAAUUAAACUGAAGAACCAAUCACCUGUGAUAGAGCGCUAACAAAAGCUAUUUUUUAUUUGCACUGCCUUUUCAUUUCGUCAACUGGCGCUCCAGUGGCGCAUAUAUGUGGGCUUCGCUUUCAAGUUGGUGGAAACACAAGUGGACAUUUGUUGUUUUAAUCUAUUGUCUUCUCGUUCAUUCUAAACAUCUGCGAAUAAUCUGUCAUGUGCUGGCGCGUUUACCAGGUUCUGACAGGAAUGUUUCCUUCGCAGUUUUGUUUAGUUUUGGUGCAUACAAUAGGCGAGUAGGCCGUGCUCAGUUAACCCUUUCCUACAUUUUGCUCCUGGAACAUAAUUUCACCCGAAACAACGAUGAAGUAAAAUACCGUCUCUUUGUAUUAAAAAAAAUCAGAUUUGUUAAAGGUACUAUAACAUUCCGUUUUGUAUUUUUCGCUGUAGUGUGCCAAGCUUAUUUUUUCUUUAAAAACAAAAAUCAGAAAUCCAGUUUUAUUUUAUAAUAUCUGUAAAAGUAAAAACUACAAAGAUUUUGCUGACACGUAAUUAAAUUGUAGGAUAUUUGACAUUAGCAUUCAACACUGUGAUCUUAGUUUUGAGAAGAAAAAGGCUUAUUUUUUUGUACCGCAGAUAUAGCUCACAACAAUGUUCUUUUCGUAGAUGUCCUGGUAAAAAAACAUAACUUGGCAAUGUUUAAAACUUCUAAACUGUUUUCACAAUUAGUGCGAUGAACUUAAAAGUAAAUAAAACCCCAAUAAGCAGACUGUACAAUUAAUUUGUACAAAGCCAUUUAAAUAGUGUGCUUAAUGCGGAGCUCUAAAUUCAAUAACUGUUUUAGAAAGCUUUGUGUAUUCAGAUGAAUUAUUACCACCACGUUGCGCCCUCCAGUACAUAACACGCACAGGUUAACAACCCUAGUCUAAAUUAUUUUCAAAACACUAAAUCAAAGUGCUUCCAACGGAGAAAAACUGAAUAAAGCUGGAAGAAGCCAGCAGGAUAUUACAAAAUAUCGCGGAUUACUAAAUAUGUGUGAAAUAACUUAGAAAAAAAAACGGAGAACACACAUGGGACAAUCUUUUAAACGCACUCUGUUUCCCGGGAAGGCUGUUGCCUUACUGGUCACAUACAGUAAUUAUCCAGCGGGCCAGCGGCUGUCGUAUAGAUCGACACUAUUCGUAUCCCCAAGAAAAGGCAAUGGCUCUUCAAAACAAGUCAUCCUGUUAUUUAUUUUCUGGAGAGCGACACAUUUUUUCCACGGGCUUCUGCCGGCCGGUAAGGUAUGCGCGCCGGGCGUGUGUCUUGUGCGCAGCGCCGGUUUCAAAGGCUGAAGUUCCUGCGGCUCCUCCUCCUCCGUACCUUGUGACAACAACAACUCGUCCAGAGAGCGAGCUGCACUUUUCAGCUCAUUUUCUCCCUGUCAUUCUCUCUCAAUCUUUGAUCAAUGUACUACUGUUGUGAGUCUAAAGCUAACAGACCCCCUCUUUUUUACAUUCGCUUUUGAUUGUAAAAAACCCCAAACAAACAACGGGAGAAGUCAUUCCCUCCCCUUGGACUUUUUGUUUCGCUUUUCUCGGGACACUUUUCUAUACUGGGGGCUUCAUUACCUUGAACUCACAUAGGUGACCAUGGCCGUACCGGCUGCUUUGAUGCCCCCGACCCCGCUGGUCCCUCCACCUCCGAUUUCAACUUCUUCAGCUACAACCUCCUCACCCUCGACAACCUCUUCUCCUUCUCCUUCGGUCGCUCCUUCUGGACAGAACCUGUUCCGAUCGGAGCCGAUCGCCACCAGCAGCCCCGGCGUCCCAGCCGGCAACCUGCCCAGCAAACCCGUGUACUCGACUCCGUCUCCAGUGGAGAACACUCCCCAAAACAAUGAGUGUAAGAUGGUGGAUUUGAGGGGCGCAAAGGUGGCUUCUUUCACAGUGGACGGCUGCGAGCUGAUCUGUCUUCCCCAGGCUUUCGACCUGUUUUUGAAGCACUUGGUCGGAGGGCUCCACACCGUGUACACCAAGCUGAAGCGGCUGGAGAUCACGCCGGUGGUGUGUAAUGUCGAGCAGGUCCGCAUCCUGAGAGGACUCGGGGCAAUCCAGCCAGGAGUCAACCGCUGCAAACUCAUCUCCAGGAAGGACUUCGAGACGCUUUACAACGACUGCACCAACGCGAGCUCGAGACCCGGGAGGCCACCGAAGAGAACUCAGAGUGUCACGUCUCCGGAGAACCCACACAUCAUGCCACACACUGUCCCAGGCCUCAUGUCGCCGGGAAUCAUUCCUCCUACAGAUCCUGUGGCAUUGUUCCCAAGAAUAGAAGUAUUUCCCCUGUGUCCUGGCUCAGUCCCACGCUGGACUUUCUCUUCUCUACCUGGCCUCACAGCCGCCGCGGCAGCGGCCGCGGCCGCCACGAACGCCGCCAUCGCUGAGGCCAUGAAGGUGAAGAAGAUCAAGCUCGAGGUCAUGGGCAGCUACCACAGCAGCAAUAACCAGCACGCGGGCGACUCGGAGAACGGAGACCUCAACUCCAGUGUGGGUAGCAGUGAUGUUUCCUGGGAUAAAGAGAAACUCCAGUCUCCCAAUGUCCAAGGAUCACAGGCCUCAGUUACUCACCCCAGCCUACCUGGACAGCAUAACCUUUCAGUUAGUCACCCCCUUAAUCCUCUCCAGCAGAACCACCUUCUACCCAAUGGCUUGGAGCUCCCUUUCAUGAUGAUGCCCCACCCCCUGAUUCCAGUCAGUCUACCUCCUGCUUCGGUUACCAUGGCAAUGAGUCAAAUGAAUCACCUCAGCACCAUCGCAAACAUGGCCGCCGCUGCCCAGGUCCAGAGUUGCCCCUCCAGAGUGGAGACAUCUGUUAUAAAGGAACGUGUGCCGGACAGCCCCUCUCCUGCCCCUUCCCUUGAAGAUGGAAGGAGACCCGGGAGCCAUGCUUCCUCCCACCGGAGCAGCAGCGUAUCGAGCUCUCCAGCCCGGACUGAAAGCUCCUCAGACAGAAUCCCUGUGCAUCAGAACGGACUCUCGAUGAACCAGGCUCUUCUAGGAUUGUCUCCCAAUGUCCUGCCGGGGCCCAAGGAAGGUGAUGUUGCCACUCAUGACAUGGGGCACGAAGCCAAGAGGAUACACAUCGAGAAAGAUGAGACUCCACUUUGCACUCCGACUGCAAGAGACAGUUUUGAGAAGCUAUCCCUGGCAGGACAGCCUUUACCACCAGGAUUUCCGUCUCCUUUCCUGUUUCCAGAUGGGCUAUCCUCAAUAGAGACACUCCUAACCAAUAUACAGGGCCUCUUAAAGGUGGCCAUCGACAAUGCCAGAGCCCAGGAGAAGCAGAUCCAGCUGGAGAAGACCGAGCUGAAGAUGGAGCUUUUCAGAGAACGGGAGCUCAGAGAAACACUGGAGAAGCAGCUGGCCGUGGAGCAGAAAAACAGAGCAAUAAUUCAGAAGCGGUUAAAGAAGGAAAAGAAGGCAAAGAGGAAAUUGCAGGAAGCACUUGAAUAUGAAACCAAAAGGCGAGAACAGGCAGAGCAGACAUUGAAGCAGGCAUCCUCCACAGACAGUCUCAGGACCCUUAACGAUUCAUUGACCCAGGAGAUGGAGACUGACCGCAACAGUGGCAGAACAGAUGCUGAGAGGGCAAUACAAGAUGGAAGACUUUUUUUGAAAACUACAGUGAUGUACUGAGCCAAGAAUGAAGAUUCUUUUCCAUUUAAAUUUAAAAAGAAAAAAACUUUAAAAUGAAAACAGAAUCAGGAUGUUUUGAAGAACCUUUCACAGCAAUGUCACAGAAAGGACAAAUCAGAGACCUUGUCAUUUCUUAAGAAACCAGAUGACUUUUGAAGAUGUUCAGAUGCUGCUCUUAGUGGCCAAGGAGGAGAGACUGAUAUGUAAAAAAGACUCUUACACAUAUUGCCAACAUGAACUGUGUGUUGUGAGCCCAGGUAUGACACCUGUUUUAUGUGUGUAAAACCUCCUAUUCUGCAAGCUGAGAACUGAGCACAGAAGACAGAAGUAUUGGGAAGUACACGUGUAAUAUUUAAAUAAAAAUAAAAAAUUAACCAUACUCUUAAGUGGAAAAAUUUUUAUACUGUAUUCAUACCAGCAAGAAAGCUUCAAAAAAGGAACCGGAUCAGAUUUUUAACUGUUACAGUUAUUCGCAAACACACAAAAAUUCUUGGUUUGGGAAGGCAUCCGGUGAAAUGUAUGAUUGGACUGCAUUCAGUAGAAAGAAUCGGCUAAACUUUCAUUUGAAUGUUUUCUGAAUCAGAAGAAAAAGCAAAACAAUCCACUGUCUCCUUUUCUUCAUUGUGUUUAUUCCUGCUCAACAGUGAAGGGUGGCUUUUGAAAAUAGUUAAUAAGAUGGUUUGUAUAUAUAAAGUUAUGGAAAGAUGGUAUUAUGUAUGCAGUAGAUUUAUUAGAAAAUGAAACAUCUAAAUUGGAUUUUUUGCUCCCCAAAUAUCAUUUUACUUUCUUUUUGUUCAGUCACCUUAAUGUCAGAAAAGCUGCCUUUCUCGUUUUUAAGCAUGCAGGCAUGUAUAUGUUUGUCCUGGAGUCAUGGUAUUGAUGGAUUUUUUGAUGUCUGAAGAAAUAUAAAAAUCUCCAUUUUAACAGCCACUAUUUAUUUAUAAAAAGGAAAAGAAGACUUUUUUGUGUUCGUGGCUGUGCUGUGAUUCAGACAUCAGAUUUAUUUUUAUAACAAUAACACACAUCAUUGUUAAAAAUCAGCUCCAACUUACAGAAACAUUUUAUGUAUUGAUUGGCUGAAGUCUGUCUUCUGCCCUUGUAUUUAGCAAGGUUGGUUUCUAUGUAAUUCUCACUGUUAUUGAUGAAAACCAUUAUGUUUUCACAUUCUGUGCAGAUAACUGGAAGUAAACCUAUGACACAGAAUUUAACUCUGUAGUGUAGAUUUUAUGUUAAUUUUGCAUUGACUUGUUGACAAGUUAACCCUUUGAAGCCUAAGUUUGACAGUCAUGCCUUUUAUAACAAGAUAAUAAGCAUUUUAUAUUUAAAAAUCUUAUUACUUAUUUAUAAACUAUCAUAAUUUGUGAUUAAAUUGCUGAGGGUGUGCUUGAUUUGUCUGACUUGUGCAAAAUGUUGGCAGCUAUUGACUUUUAACUUGUAUUUUUUUUUACUUAUUUACUUUGUCAUAAUAAGUUCCAGGGGCAUCAAAUACAAAUACACAUGUACUUCAGACAACAUGAUUUGAUCAAUCUGACCUGGUGGAAAACAGUUCAUUUGCCAUAUAAUUUAUUCUAAUUAGGCUAACAAGUGUUCAAUGUAUUAAGUUCUAAAUAUUUUUAUAUGUAUAAAGUAUAACAUAUUACUUGCAGUUACGCACUGUAGCAAGAUUUAUGAGCAUAUUGUUCCUUUUUACUUUGUAUUACAAGGCAGAAAACUAUUAAUAUUUCAGAAAUACUGAUACAAGUUUUACUCCAUGAGGAAGUUUUUUUUUUUAAAUAUUCAGUGCUAUCUCCAAAUACUAAAGUUUGUGUAAAUGAGAGAACCAUGCUUUAUUCUUUCAAAAUAGGUUUACUGCAGCUAUUCCAAAUUAAUAGUGAAACCCAUCUGCAUCUUCUCUUCAUUCCUUCAAAGAGAACACAAACAUUGUAUAUUUCCUUUGUUACAGCUACUGUACUUCUGUUCAGCACAAUGCAACACUAUUGGUAAAACUCCAUAGUUAAAUAUCAUGAAAAUCAUGAAAGGUACUGGCUGGCUGAUUUAAAUAUUGGGAUUAUUUUAGUCUUUAAAGGGUUAACACCUGUGUAUGAUAAUGACAAGCUUUUUGUCCACUUUCUAAUGAGAAAAAAAUAGUAUUAGUACCUAGUAGCACUUCGCAUUGCUCUGCUCCUUGCAUAGAGUUGACAGUAAGAGAGUUCAUUGGGUUACGUAAUGUGACCGAUUCCUACUGCGAGAACAGUGUCACAAUUUCCAUAAAGAGGAGGUUCAAACAGUAAGAAGAAGCUCUAUUUUAAAGGAUGAAGGAACAAUGUCUGGAAACAUUUCAAAUUAUCUCACUUUGUAUCAUAAAAUUCAUUUUUCAAGUUACUGUUCAUGUUGCUUUUUUAAUAUAUGUUAACAAUAUUAGCAUCAGGCUGUCUUGUAUGAUAACAACAUCGGCACUCUAUGCAAGCCAUUGGAACAGACCGUGCUCAUUUUCACGUAGGACCUAUGGAAAUUGUCUAUUUUUAUCUAUGUAUUUAACGUUUUCUAAAAGUGAAAAUAAAAAAGGAAAAAGGUUAUUACAAAUUUUGUUGUACAAAAAAAAACUGUACAAAAAAGAAAAAUCUGUUUUUACAUCAUAAUUCAAGAAUGCAAGGUUUUUUUCUAUGGUAGCUUAGAUCUAUGAGUCCAGUUUCAAUGUGAGAAACCACGUUUUACUGUAUUUAAUUUUUUUUUCUUUUCAACAAUCUGCUAAUAAAACUGUCUGAAAUCUUAA